AUGAAGGUCCCCUAGCGGAGGAAAAUGGGCCUACAGCGAGAAAUUGAAAAUAAGGAUGAGCGCCAUGUCUGAUCCUCCGUUUGUGGAAUAGAGCGGACGGCGCAGCGAAUAUUCCCCGGGCUGGCGGUCCCUUCGGGUUUCGGUGGGAAUCAUGGCCGACAGCGCUGGGAUUCAGCAAGGUUCGCCGGCCAUCGGAGCCGCGGGCCUGGUUCCGGCCGCUCCUGGAGCCGGAGGCACGGAGGGCUCCGGCGCCGCUAGAGGAUCCGCACGUAUCGCCGUGAAGAAGGCACAACUACGCUCCUCGCCUCGGCCCAAGAAACUGGAAAAACUCGGAGUGUAUUCAUCCUGCAAAGCUGAAGGAGCCUGUAAGUGUAAUGGCUGGAAAAGUCAGAACCCCCCUCCUACACCUCCUCAAACAGAGCAGCAGUCCAACGCAGUCAACCUCCAGGAGCCCUGUCGGAGCUGCUCUCACACUUUGGGUGAUCAUGUGACCCAUCUAGAAAAUGUUUCAGAGGAGGAAAUGAACAGGCUUCUUGGUAUUGUUCUGGAUGUGGAGUAUCUGUACACGUGCAUUCACAAAGAGGAGGAUGCUGACACUAAACAAGUCUACUUUUCCCUCUUCAAACUGCUGAGGAAGUCCAUCCUACAGAUGGGUAAACCAAUGUUAGAAGCACAGGAGAGUCCGCCAUUUGAAAAGCCCAGCAUCGAGCAGGGGGUGAACAAUUUUGUCCAGUACAAAUUCAGCCACCUGCCAUCUAAAGAACGCCAAACCAUUAUGGAGCUGGCUAAGAUGUUUCUCAACCAGAUCAACUACUGGCAGUUGGAAACGCCCUCUCAAAGACGCCAAAGGGUGCCCAAUGACGAUGCAGCUGGAUACAAAGUCAACUACACUAGAUGGCUCUGCUACUGCAAUGUUCCUCAGUUCUGUGACAGCCUGCCUCGCUACGAGACCACUCAGAUCUUCGGGCGGACGCUUUUGCGUUCUGUCUUCACUGUGAUGAGGAAACAGCUGCUGGAGCAGGCCAGACAGGAGAAGGACAAGCUCCCUCCUGAGAAACGCACACUCAUUCUUACACACUUUCCCAAGUUCUUGUCAAUGCUGGAGGAGGAGGUUUACAGUCAUAACUCUCCAAUCUGGAGCCAAGACUUCUUGGCAGGGGCAGCGGGAGGGCAGAUUCCUAUCCACACAGUUAUAAGUGCUGCUUCAGUGGCCAGGCCGCUGUACUACAGCACCAGUCCCGUGUCAGUGGACCCGUCCACCUGCGGCAGUGUCAGUCCUGCCAGGAAGGCAGCUUCUGUACUGGAGCCAAACCCAGCAGGAGAAAAGCGUAAACCUUCUGAGCCCCUUUCCCAUGAGGAAAACAAGAGACCCAGGGUGGUUGGUGACAUCCCCAUGGACCUCAUCAAUGAAGUCAUGGCGACUAUCGCUGAUCCUGCUGCCAUUCCAGAGACCAGCCUGCUAUCAGCUCACUCUGCACGUGACGAAGCCGCCCGCCUGGAGGAGCGCAGGGGCGUGAUUGAAUUCCACGUCAUUGGGAACUCCCUAAACCAAAAGCCCAACAAGAGGAUCUUGAUGUGGCUCGUCGGCCUUCAGAACGUGUUCUCCCAUCAGCUUCCCCGCAUGCCCAAGGAGUACAUCACGCGGCUGGUGUUCGAUCCGAAACACAAAACGCUGUCCCUGAUCAAAGACGGCAGAGUGAUCGGAGGGAUCUGCUUCCGGAUGUUUCCAUCGCAAGGCUUCACAGAGAUUGUCUUCUGUGCCGUCACCUCCAACGAGCAGGUCAAGGGUUAUGGAACACAUUUGAUGAACCACCUGAAAGAAUAUCACAUAAAGCAUGAAAUCCUCAAUUUUCUCACUUACGCUGAUGAAUACGCCAUUGGGUACUUUAAGAAACAGGGUUUCUCAAAAGACAUAAAGGUUCCCAAGUCCAAGUAUGUGGGCUACAUCAAGGAUUAUGAAGGAGCCACACUCAUGGGCUGUGAGCUCAACCCCAGCAUCCCCUACACCGAGUUCUCUGUCAUCAUCAAGAAGCAGAAAGAGAUAAUCAAGAAGCUGAUUGAGAGGAAACAGGCUCAGAUCAGAAAAGUCUAUCCAGGGCUGUCCUGUUUUAAGGAUGGAGUCCGGCAGAUUCCCAUUGAGAGCAUUCCUGGCAUACGUGAAACUGGCUGGAAGCCUGUGGGCAAAGGGAAAGAACUGAAAGACCCCGAUCAACUGUAUAGCACUCUGAAAACUAUCCUCCAACAUGUGAAGAGUCACCAGAAUGCCUGGCCUUUUAUGGAGCCUGUGAAAAAAACAGAAGCACCUGGGUACUACCAAGUCAUACGCUUCCCCAUGGACCUCAAGACAAUGAGCGAGCGUCUAAAGAGCCGGUACUACACGACACGGAAGCUUUUUAUGGCCGACAUGCAGCGAAUUUUCACAAACUGUCGUGAAUACAACCCUCCAGAGAGCGAGUACUACAAGUGUGCCAACCUACUGGAGAAGUUCUUCUACACUAAGAUCAAAGAGGCGGGCCUAAUCGAGAAGUAAACCAGAGGAAGAGAUUUGUCUUCACCUGAACAAGGAUGAGGGUGUCCUGGGACAAUGAACUGUUGUUUUAGACAAUGCAAAAGACAAGCAAAGCAAAGGACACGACUACUGAUUCUGGAGUAGAUAGGUUUCAGAAACAUAUCUUAAUGUAAAAGGUGCAAACGGGUCUUGGAUGAACACUUUUGUAAUGUUUGAUGCUUGCUGGCCUAGACCAUAAAUCAGUAGCUUAGAAUACCCUGAAAGAUGGGUCACAAGGGGAAGGCCUCAUUUAAGAACUGUAAGACUGUUUCCGUUUCCAGACAAAAGCAUUGUAGUUUUUGUAUUUGACCAUGUGUCUCAGAGGCCCAUGGAAAGAAAAGAAGAGCAGUAGUUAAACAUUAAACAGAGCAGGUGUUGUUUGUGUGCUGAAAGCACUGUAUCAUGACAGCUGAUCAGAGAUUAACCACCCAUCUUACUUAAUCUUUGUUUUCAUACUGCCUUUUCUGUGUCUGCCUCCUCCUCUCAGUUGACUCAGGUAGAGAUGUUAUGAGGAAUUGCCGCAUGCGCGGUAGAUUAGUGUUACCUGUGAGGAAAGGGACUGAGAGUCCAAGUUUUCCUGUCUGUAAAACUCUACUCUUGUGAGCACGCAUGACGUUAAUGAAGUCAGUUUGUCUGUGAAGAGUUCAUCCUGCCAAAAGAGGAAUACAUACUUUAAAUUUGUACAGAUUUUAAUGCACUUAUACCCCACUGUACAUUUUAAAUGUGUAUAUAACAUAUAUUUUCUUUCCCAGAACUGAAAAAGGACAACAACAAAAAAAAAACCCAAUCUUUUGCUUUUAUCAUGCCACAUAGGGCAAUUUGACUAUCAAAAUGCACUUUUAUUUUUCCAAGUAUUAGUUAACAUGAAUGAGAGCAUCUCCUUUCCUUUAGAAUUUGUUUUACAUAGAAAUUACACUGUUGACUAAGGACUAAUUUAAUUAUCUAGAGUAUAUUCUUAUUUAUGUGCUGUAAUUUAGAAGAAUGAAACUUAAGGCAAGUUCUUAAUUUAUUAUUUCUUAUUUUUGUCCGGCAGAUGGAGAUUGAUAACUUUAUACUUUGGAGAUAAACGAAAAGAUUGUGCAAUACUAUGUACUUUUACUGUUUUGUAAAAAAGGUGUUUGUACUUUUCAAGCUUUAGAAAAAAAAAAUACCUUUUGUAAUGUCUGGAGAGAUAAUUUCAUGCUCUUUCUACAGUUGGUUUUAAUGACAUAGCAUUAGCCUAUUUUAUAGACUGAAUAAAACAGAAGUGAGGCUAA